AUGGUGUCGAGUCGGUGUGCAGCUUGCAAGAUUCAGGGAAGAAAGUGUCCUUCAGAUUGCAUUUUCUCUCCUUAUUUCCCUCUUAAUGAUCCUCAAAGAUAUACUAGUGUCCAUAGAAUAUAUGGUGGUAGCAACGUUGGAAAAAUGCUUCAAUGCUUCAGCAAAUUUCACCCUUUGUCAGAACACAGGCAGCAGACAGUUUUAUAUGAUGAAGCAGAAUGCCGUAUUCAAGAUCCUAUUUAUGGUUGUUACGGAAAUAUCUCUGAACGUGUUCAACAAAUCAAUAGUACAGAAAGUGAGUUAGCCAAAAUCCAAUCUCAUAUUAGCAUUCUCAAGCUCCAAAACCCACAACUUGUGAAUGAAUCAAACUUCGAUGUCUUGUUGCACAGAGCAGAAUUGGACAGGUUCAGUUUGGCAGCCAUGCAAGCCAAACUACUUGGUUUAAUUAUUUGA